UUUGUCUGACUACCGCAAAUCUAACUCGAUUACAAGUCACAGGUGGAGCUUUUCGUGGAGAGUAGGCAUUUCAAAAUGGAGGUCAAUACUGUCGGAGUGCCUGAAUACCGGACGUUGUGGAAUGGAUCGCGAAAUGAUCCACUUGAAAACUGCUCUUGUCCCAAUCCAUGGGAGCAAGCCAACCGAGUGGAACCGGGCGUAUUGAACUUGGAUCUGCAAUUCGUGAUUGGUUUGUCCUUGGCGAUUGGCGCGUCUCUUCUCAUUGGAACCUCAUUCGUUGUCAAGAAGAAAAGCUCGAUUUGCCGCGAACAAUCUGACCUUGGCGUCUCUGUGGAAGACGGUGGUGGGACUGGAAACCUUUGCGAUUGGCUUUGGUGGUUGGGUAUCUUUCUCAUGACUGUGGGAGAAUUGGCCAACUUUGCCGCUUAUGCAUUUAUCCCGGCCACUGUGGUGGCUCCCUUAGGCGCUCUCAGCGUUCUUGUGACCGCAUGUCUGGCUUCCGUGUUCUUGGGUGAACGUCUAAAUUUGGUUGGAAUAUUCUCCUGUUUCCUUUGUCUUCUGGGUUCCACUAUCGUCGUUCUUCAUACCCCAAAGGAAACCGGAGUGGUCUCCAUGAACCAAUUAGGCGAGCUGUUGGCCCAACCAGCCUUCGUCGUCUAUUUGCUCCUAAUGAUUAUCGGUUCUAUCAUAUUGAUCUUCUUUUUCGGACCUCGCUAUGGAAAGUCCAAUGUGCUGGUUUUUGUUCUCACCUCCUCGUUUAUUGGGUCUUUGAGCGUGAUGGCCGUGAAAGGCUUGGCCUUGGCCGUGUGGGCCACUUCUCAAGGCCGAAACGAGUUCAACAAUGGAAUCACCUACAUAUUCAUAGCCACAAUGCUGGUGUGCAUUGCAGUACAAAUGAUCUACUUAAAUCGAGCAUUGGAUGUGUUCUUCAUUUCAUCGGUCAGUUCCUUGUACUACGUUCUCUUUUCAACCUGGGUUAUGGUUGGAGCAGGGAUCUUGUACCAAGAGUAUGCGGAACUAUCCUGGUAUGACAUCCUUGGCUCAUCUAUUGGGUUCAUCGUGAACGUAAUUGCCGUGCUGAUGCUCCAACUUUUCAAGGAAUUUGGCGAAGGAUUCAAGGAGAUUCAAUUUUUCUUUGGACCUCAAGUCAAGCUGAAUUGGCCCAUCAUCGCGGAAAAGCCCUCCAGAUCCAGUGAGCCAACUCCCAUCACUCCCCUGAACUCUAGACACGAAUCUGUGAGCUCUGCCAGGCAUUCGGAUGCCAUGGAUGGCCAAUAUGUGAAUGCAGAUGACAAGAUCCAUCUCUUGGAACAUGCCGCUUCCAUUGCUGGCUCUGAGCGCCCAGAUCAACGAGCAGCCUCCUACUCGGGAAGUUACCAAAAUACGAGCCUUCAAACCUCCAGGGACACCCUGAGUACUGAUCUUGAUGAUGAAGAGGAAAACACGAUAGUGGUUCAUUUGGGCGAGGACUCUGAAGAUACGGAUUUUCCCCCCAGAGAUUCAACCAAGGAUGGCUUGAUUUCACAAGGUCUAGAAAGCAAUGCUAACCAUUACGAUGUCAACACCAAAUUGACCGGAGUGAAUAGCCAUUACUCUUCGCCCAAGACCUCGAAUUUCGCCUCUCCAAGGUCAACCAUUUAUGGGUCAGUCACAAGCCUGAGGAACUAGCGGAAACUACUCGACCACACCGAGACACACGAGGGGUCAAAAAGGGGGCGUUUUAUUUCAUCUUUAACGGCAUUUGAUUUAAAUCCCAUGAUCUCAACAAUAGAGGCUCUUCUUCUUA